AUGGUUACAGAAUUAGUUGAUAAAGCCACAAAUGAAUUAUUAAUUCAAACCGAUUGGACAACAGUUUUACAAAUUAGUGAUAUCUUAAAUAGAGAUCCAAUUCAUGCAAGAGGAGUUGUUAGACAGGUUACGAAAAAGUUAAAAGAUAGAUCAAGAGUUAUUUUAUUAGCUUUGGAGUUAGCAGAUUCUUUACUCCAAAAUUGUCAUUGCACUCAUGUCUAUUUUGCAGAGAGAACUUUUCAAACUGAAUUAUGUAGAUUAAUUAUGAAUAAAAAGACAAAAUUGAAUGUUAAAGAAAAAACAUUAGAAAUUGUAGAGAGUUGGGGAAAUGCAUUCCAAGCUAGACACGAUGUACCAGGAUUUUAUGAAACUUAUUCAUUUAUUAAACGUUCUGGUUACAAAUUCCCACCAAAACCAAGCGAUGCACCAAUUUUGAAUUUUAAUAAUUCACCAGCAAAGAGAACAGUUAGUACUACCAUCUUAACUAAUAAUAGUCAUUCAACUACUCCACCACAAGCAAAUGUUCCAUCAUUUAAUAAUGUAUCAAGUGUUGGCUCCAACAACGCUGGUGGUGGUGGUUCAUCCUCUCAACCAAUAAAGAAUCAAGAAAUCUCUUCAAUUAAAGGUUCAACUUCUGUAUUCAAUGAAAUGAUUUCCUUCUUGAAUGUUGAAGAUGAAGAUCCACAAGAAAAUGAUUUAAUCAAAGAGUUGUUUGAAACUUGUAAACAAUCCCAAAUUAGAGUAAAAGAAAUGAUUGAAUCUGGUUCAACCAAUGAAAGAGAUUUAAAUGUUUUAUUGAAAUUAAAUGAUGAAAUUAAUAAUGCACUAAAUGAUCAUGAAGCUUGUAUAAAAAGAAGAAGAGCAUUCGUUGAAAAUGGAUAUAAGCCAGUCCCACCACCACAACAACAACAACAACAACAACAACAACAACAACAACAACAACAACAACAACAACAACAACAAUCACAUUCAAAUAAUCAUAAUGGUACUACAACUACAACCACCACAAAUAAUAAUAAUAAAAAUCCAUCAUAUCUUACAAAGCAUAAAGAAUUAGAAGAAAUUGAUUUCUUUAAAGCACCUGACGGAAUCAGUCCAUAUUCUGUUCAACAACAAUUACAACCUUUCCAACAACAACAAUUUAAUAGUACUUAUAAUCCAUUUGCUCAACCUCAACCUCAACAAUUCCAACAACAACCACAACAACAACUCCAACAGCAACCACAACAACAACAGGGAUUUAAUCAAAGAAUACAGCAACCACAACAACAAGCAGAUGCUUUUGAUUUAUUUGUAGCAAACAGACAACAAAGUAAUAAUAAUAAUAAUAAUAAUAAUAUAAAUAAUACUACAAGUAGUUUUGGAGCAAAUAAUCCAUUUGCAAAUAAUAGUAGUAAUAAUAAUAAUACUAAUGGUGCAAUUCAACCAUACAUACCAAAUACAGCAAAGUCACUUCCGCCAGUUUCACAACAACUACAACAACCAAUGCAAAAUCAAUUCUCACCACAACCACAAAAAUUUGUUGGAUCAUCAAUAACUCCAUCUGCACCACCUCCAUUUAAACCAAAUACAACUCAAUCAAACCCAUUCAAUACCUCUCCACCACUUAAUAAUAUGAACAACCACAACAAUAAUAUGAUGCAACAACAACAACCACAACAACAACAACAACAACAACCACAACAACAAUUUAACCCAAUGUAUAACAAUAACGCAAUGGCUCCAAGUUACCCAAACUAUAACGCAAUUGGAGCUGAUAAUCAACACAAUACUAACCCAUAUGGUAUGAUGAAUCAUCAACAACAACAACAACAACAACAACAACAACAACCAAUGAUGAAUCAAAUGAAUAAUUUUUCAGCACCAACAUACUCUCAAUUUACAAACUACGCCCAACCAAACCAACAACCAUACAAUAAUAACUAUGGAGGAAUGAACCAAUCAAAUAUGUAUCCAAAUAAUAAUAUGAGUGGUAAAUCAUCUCUUAUUUAA